AAAAGUUUCGAAAAGCCUAGUCGUCUCCCCUCUCUCUCCACCCGGUGUAUGUGAGUUAUUUUCUUCUUUUCCCUCCCACCUCCCGUGACUCACUCCCGUUUUGGACCUACCCAACAUUUUGUGCAAAAGGCAUCAGCCAUGAACAAGCUGUAUAUUGGAAACCUCAACGAGAACGUGACUCCGGCGGAUCUGGAGAAAGUCUUCAACGACCACAAAAUAUCCUUCUCUGGCCAGUUCUUGGUGAAGUCUGGCUACGCCUUUGUCGACUGCCCAGAUGAGCAAUGGGCUAUGAAAGCCAUCGAAACUUUUUCUGGCAAAGUGGAGUUGCAUGGGAAACAACUCGAGAUUGAACACUCAGUCCCUAAAAAACAAAGGAGCCGUAAAAUUCAGAUAAGAAAUAUCCCCCCUCAGCUUCGAUGGGAGGUCUUGGAUGGUUUGCUAGCUCAAUAUGGUACUGUGGAAAACUGUGAACAAGUGAACACAGACAGCGAGACAGCAGUUGUUAAUGUCACCUACUCUAACAGAGAACAGACCAGACAAGCUAUCAUGAAACUUAAUGGACAUCAACUGGAAAACCAUGCGUUGAAGGUCUCGUACAUACCUGAUGAACAGAUUGUGCAGGGUGCAGAGAAUGGACGUCGAGGUGGUUUUGGAACACGGGGUGCCCCGCGGCAAGGUUCUCCUGUGGCUUCAGGAGCUCCAGUAAAACAGCAACCAGUAGAUAUCCCCCUUCGGCUUCUUGUUCCUACCCAGUAUGUGGGAGCCAUUAUUGGCAAAGAAGGUGCCACCAUCCGCAACAUAACCAAACAGACACAGUCCAAAAUUGAUGUGCAUCGGAAGGAAAAUGCGGGGGCAGCUGAGAAAGCAAUAAGCAUCCAUUCAACUCCAGAAGGCUGUUCUGCUGCUUGCAAGAUGAUCUUGGAAAUCAUGCAGAAAGAGGCAAAAGAUACCAAGACUGCUGAUGAAGUACCUCUGAAAAUCCUAGCCCACAACAACUUUGUGGGACGACUGAUUGGCAAGGAGGGCCGCAACCUAAAGAAAGUGGAACAGGACACAGAGACAAAGAUUACCAUCUCCUCCCUUCAGGAUUUGACAUUAUACAACCCUGAAAGGACUAUCACUGUAAAAGGCUCCAUCGAGAAUUGCUGCAGAGCAGAGCAAGAAAUUAUGAAGAAAGUGAGGGAGGCAUAUGAGAAUGAUGUAGCAGCCAUGAGUCUACAAUCACACUUGAUACCUGGUCUCAACCUAGCUGCUGUUGGUCUCUUUCCUGCCUCUUCCAAUGCAGUGCCGCCGCCUCCAAGUAGUGUUUCUGGAGCAGCUCCAUAUAAUUCUUUUUUGCCUCCUGAGCAAGAGACCGUACAUGUUUUCAUCCCUGCCCAGGCUGUAGGCGCAAUCAUUGGCAAGAAGGGUCAGCACAUCAAACAACUCUCCAGAUUCGCAAGUGCCUCAAUCAAGAUUGCUCCUCCCGAGACUCCAGAUUCCAAAGUGCGAAUGGUGAUAAUCACUGGACCACCAGAAGCCCAGUUUAAGGCUCAAGGACGAAUUUAUGGAAAGCUGAAAGAGGAGAACUUUUUUGGGCCCAAAGAAGAAGUGAAACUUGAGACGCACAUCCGAGUCCCUGCCUCAGCAGCAGGAAGAGUCAUUGGCAAAGGAGGCAAAACAGUCAACGAACUUCAGAACCUGACAGCAGCUGAGGUAGUUGUUCCCCGGGAUCAAACCCCUGAUGAGAAUGAGCAAGUCAUUGUCAAAAUCAUCGGACAUUUCUAUGCUAGCCAGAUGGCUCAACGCAAAAUACGUGAUAUCCUUGCUCAGGUGAAACAACAGCAUCAAAAGGGACAGAACAACCAGACACAAGCACGAAGGAAAUAGGAAAUGACUUGUACCCGGGUGUGUGAAAGAAGAGAGAGAGAGAUGGACAAAUGGAUGAACAACAAUGACAAUGGAUGAAACAAAGCCAAGCAGAAAAGAAUGAUAAUCUAUUUCAGAACCCUAAGAGUGGCUGGGAUUCAGUUUACCGUAGGCAGGUCUUAGUAAUUUUUUGGAGAUGGGUGUUUUACUCUUAUCAUGAGCAUAUACAUAUCUGUUUCCGUACAGAUGUGGCCUCUCACACAAAGGUAUUUUCACAUGGUAUUCCUUUUUUGGGGCGGAGAGGGGGUAUACUUGGUUUAGCAAUAAACAAAAAGUUCCUAAUCAAAUUACUCCUAUCAGAAUAUCAAACUACAUAGGAUCAUGAUUUUAUCUAGGAAAGCAAGAAGCUUACACAUGGAAGUAUUCAUGCUUUACCAGAUCAAGGCCAAUUUUUUUUUAAAAAAAACUUAAUACUUCCUUCCCCACCCCCAAUAGUUUCAGGAUUUACUUGGACAACCCUGCCCCUAGCAUGAAUUGCAGUUAAUAUUUGCACUUGGCAAGAGAAGGGCAGAGGAUGGAACCAGCCUCCUCAAUAGGCUUUCUUAUCUGAUAU